GUGCAUGCGAAAAUAAUCAUUCACAAGUCACAACAAUCCAACACACUACACAAAGAUGGCAAAAAACUCUCACACCUUCUUGCCUUUUCUUAUCCUUCUCUUCCUCACUCUUAUGAGAACCUCCCAUGCAGGUGGCAUAGCCACCUAUUGGGGCCAAAGCAGCAAUGAGGGAACUCUAUAUGAAACAUGUGCCACUGGUUUAUACACUCACAUUAACAUAGCUUUCCUUAAUAGGUUUGGAAACGGUCGAACCCCUGAAUUGAAUCUCGCAGGUCACUGCAACCCUUCAACAAAUUCAUGCAGAAAGUUAAGUUCAGACAUCAAUUAUUGCCAAAGCAUAGGAAUCAAAAUUUUACUUUCUAUUGGUGGUGGAGUUGGAAGCUACUCUUUGGCUUCCAUUGAGGAUGCAAAAAUAUUCUCAACAUAUUUAUGGAACAAUUUCUUGGGUGGCAAGUCAUCUUCAAGACCAUUAGGUGAUGCUGUUUUGGAUGGAAUAGAUUUUGAUAUUGAACUUGGUUCCACACAAAAUUGGCAAUACCUUGCACAAUUUCUUAAGGAAUAUAGUGGUGUGUAUUUAAGUGGUGCACCUCAAUGUCCAAUUCCUGAUAGAUUCUUGGGUAAUGCACUUGCAACAGGGCUUUUUGACUUUGUUUGGGUUCAAUUUUAUAAUAAUCCACAAUGUGAAUAUUAUCAUGGUAGAAUAAAUAACCUUUUGAAUUCAUGGGAUAAAUGGACAAGUAAUGUUCCAGCUGGGGAGAUAUUUUUGGGGUUGCCGGCUGCUGAGAGGGCGGCCGGAAGCGGUUUUAUUCCGGCCAAUGUGUUGACGUCUCAAAUUCUACCUGUGAUUAAGGAUAGAUCAAAGUAUGGAGGGGUUAUGCUUUGGUCAAGAUACUUUGAUAAGAGGACUGGAUAUAGUAAUUCAAUUAUUAAUAGUUUGUGAAGAAUAGUUGCAAUUUGGUCAAUGACUGUGUCAUGUUCAAGUUGUGAUUUUAAAUUAAUACUUUGUAAAUAAAUAUAAACUAUAUAUAAUAUUGUAAUGUGGUUAUAAGUAUUAUUAUUUGUAAAAUAUUUAUGUGUCUACAUGGAUGUGACUUCAAAAGAUAGCUGUAAGCAUGGAUGACUCACAUAUUGUUUUUUAGUGGUAACAGAUGACUCACAUCAUGUGACAUAAUAGAUGCUGAAAGCUUAUUCGUGAAAAA